AUGAUGAAGCGCUUCCUGCUGCUCGCGGCCACCGCGGCGCUGGCCUCCGUGCAGGCCGAGGUCAUCAACCAGUCGGCCAAGCGCACCUUCGACCUGACCAAGCACGUGGUGCGCGAGCACUCCGAGUUUUCCUUCUCGGACGCCGACGCGGAGGUGACCGAGUACGACGUGGCCUUCCCGCGCGCGCUGGAGUCGCGCCUCGCCUACGUGUCAGCCCGCUGCGGCAAGACGCCGUGCGAGAUCGUGCCGGCCACGAGCAAGCACGCGGCCAAGGCCAAGACGCCCGAGGACGCCGCGCUCUACACGGUGCUGCUCAAGAAGCCCGUGGCCAAGGGCGAGACGGGCUCCGUCAAGGUCACGGCCUACUUCACGCGCGUGCUUACGCCCUACCCGGCCGAGGUCACGCAGAAGGAGGACCAGCUCGUGCUCUUCGACGCGAGCCACCUCAUCUCCUCGCCCUACCUCACCAAGACGCAGACGACCAAGCUCAAGCUGCCCUCGGGCAAUGUGGAGCACGUCAAGGCUGCGGAGCCCAUCUCCAGGAAGGGGUCGGUGGUCACGCUCGGACCGUACACGGACAUCAAGGCCUUCGCUGGAGGCGUGGAUGCCUCGCCGCUGAGCGUGCACUACAAGAACCACGCGCCGUUCAUGACCAUCACCAAGCUCACGCGCGAGAUUGAGGUGUCCAUGUGGGGCCGCGUCUCGUUCGAGGAGGUGUACGACUUGGAGCACACGGGCGCCAAGCUCAAGGGCGGAUUCUCGCGUUACGACUACGUGCAGCUGCACCAGCGCGGCGCCUCGUUCCACGAGAUGUACGCGCACCUGCCCAAGGACUCGGUCAACGUGUACUACCGCGACCAGAUCGGCAACAUCUCGACGUCGCGCCUGCGCCCCGCUGGCCGCACGGGCUCGUACCAGGACCUGGAGUUCAAGCCGCGCUUCCCUCUGUUCGGCGGCUGGAAGAGCCAAUGGUACCUGGGCUACUCCGUGCCCACGCACUCGGUGCUGACUCACGUCGGCGACAAGUUCAAGCUGGAGGUCGACUUCUCCACGCCCGUGCAGGGCGCCUCUGUCGACGACCUGACCGUCAAGGUGAUCCUGCCCGAGGGCGCCACCAACGUGCAGGUGAACGUGCCCUUUAGUCUGGACGGCACGAGCGAGACGACGCGCCAGACGUACCUGGACACGCCCGCCAUCGGCCGCCCCGUGGUCAUUCUGGACAAGAAGAACGUGGUGGCUGCCCACAACGUGCCGUUCGAGGUGACGUUCGAGUUCCCCAAGCACUUCAUGAUGCACGAGCCGCUGCUGCUGGUGUCGGGCUUCCUGGCCUUCUUCAUCGUGUGCAUGUUCCUCUUCCGUCUGGACAUCAGCAUCGCUAAGAAGUCCGUCCAGAAGAAGAAGACGGAGUAG